AUGGACCUAAAACAAGGCAAUUGGGGCCAAACGGAACAAAUGAAAUUGGAGUCGAAAUAUAGAAUUGGUGGAUCAUGUGAAAGCAUAUUUUCUCAAGCCUCCAUUCAAAGCCCUGGCUGGACGAUACUGAAGUCAAGCAAGUCCCAAGAUGCCAUAAUAUGUUCUCCAAGUUGUUCUCAGAAUCAAACCUGGUCGGACCAAGAAAAUGAAUUUGGGAGCCCAGAAAUUGUUGACGAUGUUGUGGGCGAUGAAAUGAACUUCAGGUCCUCCUGGCAGCAAGUAGAAGACAAAAAAACAGACUGUCAGCCUAAUCUUAGUAAAGCUUCUUAUUCUAUCUCCCAAAUGGGUAAUUCAAAUUCUAAAAUGUCGAUAUCGGAAUUUUUACCAGAACAUUCUAUAACCAAUGAUGAAAGGCUCCAAUAUUUCCUGCAAGAAACAGAAACUUAUCAGCGGAAUAAAGAGCCAGGCCCCAACCUUGUCAGUUCUGAAGAAGUGGAUUCUGAGAACUCUCAGGCAGCAGAAUCGAAUGGAUCUCCAAAAAUCUCUGUAUCACUCCUGAAAUCGAUCCUCAUGGAGCGGGAGUUUAAAAUAAAUGACCUGGACAAAGAAAUACGGAAAUUGCAAAAUGAGAAUCUACACUUGCUAGAAGAAAGACAAAGUCUUCUUUCUGAAUGCGAUAGGCUUAAACAGGAUAUGAAGGCUAUGGCAUUUGAUGAAAAAAGAAAGGAACGUGAUUUAUUUCUUUCAUAUGACCCAUGCUCCCCCUUGGUUCUUCAGAAAGAAAUUUCGAACCUUAAAAAUCAGAUUAAUGACCUCCAGGAAGCCAAUGAAAGUGCCAUUUUGGAGUUAGCAAAAGCUGAUGAGGAGAUUUCACAGCAAAGAAAGGACUUUUCAAAGCUUAAAGCAGAAUAUACUCAAAAACUAGAGGAGUCACAAGAAGAAAUAAAGAUUCUUACAGAGAAGAUCAAUCAGCCAUCAUCUAUAAUAUCUCAUCCUGAGAAUUACCAAGAAGGGCUCCAAAAGGAAAUAUCCCAACUCAGGAGUGAGUGUAGAAGAUUAAGGACACAAAGUCACCAGUUGUGUGAGGAAAACUACUUACUUAAAGAAGAUUUAUGGGAUCUUAAAAUGCGAAAUGAUUGUUUACUUGAAAGAAAACAUGUGUUGACACUUGAGAAUGACUGGAGUGAAAAAGAUAAUUUAAAUGCUCCAUUGAUGAAAACUAAUAUCUCACUUGAAUGGCAUACAAAAGACCAGAGUCUUUCCAGGAAUGAUGCUUUUAAAGUUGAUGGAACAUUUUCAAAAUGCAAAGCAGCCUUGAGGUCUAUGAACAUAAAAGAACCCUGGGAAAGUAAACAUGAGGAACGUUUUAAACAUAAUGCUUCGCCAUUUUCAAUGGACAGUGAAAGCACGGAGGUUUUGAUCAUGGCUUCUGAAGAUGGCUUUCAUAAACCUGCCCAAACACAUGUCCUUGGUGAAGACACACAUGAGCCAAGUGAUGAAGCCUUGUGUUCUGUAAACCAGAGCAGGAAUAUUCAUCCAAUCUCUCCACAGACUAAAAAAACAUUUGAUACACCUACUGUCAAAAUAUCCUCUAUCACAAGACCGUAUUUACCUGUAUUACCACGUCGCCCAUUUGCUCCAAAAAAAGUUGCUGACCUCAAUCUUGGAGAUCUGAUAAAAUUUUCACGUCCAGGUGGCAAAAUAAGUAAAGGCACCAUCCAAUAUAAGGGUCUUCUGCCAGGAAGAGAAGAGAUGUAUCUGGGAGUUGAGCUAGAAGGGGAUGUGCUUGGAAAACAUGAUGGAAUGUUUCAGGGAGCACGAUAUUUCCUUUGCAAACCAAAUAAAGGAGUAUUUGUCAAUUUUAGCAAAGUUAUCAUGGCCUGGAAUUAAAUAAUGAAGACAAUUGCAAUGCAGACAAUGCAAGCAAACAUGAUGCAAAACCCAGCAAAAUGUGUAAAGUCUGUGUGACUAUUAUUUAUUGUGAUCUUUAUAAAUGUUCUGUAUCUAUAUUGAGGUUUGUCUGUUCUAGUGCUAUACCCCUGAUAUUCCAUAAAUGUCUAAUAGAUAGGGGUCCCAUCUCCGGAACCUGCACAUAUUUUGAGAACAAGGGCUCCCGAGCUCCGCUGGGCUUGUUUGUGGCAGCCAAAUAAUCAAGAAGGCUGCUUUGUGCAAUUUACAUACCUACCAUUGAGGUUAAUGGGAGUUGCAUAAACAGCGUAGCAUCAUCAUGAGCUACGCUAUUUCCAUAACUCUGGAAGUAUGUUUUUUUUUCUUCUGCAGUUUUGUUGUACAUUUUAAAACCUGCACAUUCAAUUUUGUUUAUGGUAGUCUUGUUGUACAUAAUAAAACCAGCACAUCCAACCUUUUUCCAUUUAAGAAUUAUAGAGGCCACUGUGCUCUUGGCAAUAACAUUUUUGUACCCUUAUUGAGAUCUGUGCCUUCAAACAAUUCUGUCUCUGAGCUCUACAGACAGUUCAUUCCUCUUCAUGGCUUAGUUUUUGCUCUGAUAUGCAUUGCCAGCUGUGAGACCUGAUAUAGAGAGCGUUGUUUCCUUCCAAACUAUAUUUAUUCAACUGAAGAGGAAUUGGAGGCUCCCAGAGAAAAACUGGCAUACAUUUUCAUUGUAAAGUGCCAUAGCAAAGGGUCUGUAUACUUAUAUCCAUGCAUAAUUUUUUUUUUUUAUUCUUCAUUUUUUUUUUACCUUUUAUUGAACCAUUCCCCAAACAUAAUCAUUUCAAAACUUUGAGUUUAUUACAACUGAAAGCAAAACAUCGAAAAGUUUUAACCUUUCUGCUGUAGAGAAUAAACGGGAUUCAGUUCUCAGCGCAAAGAAGAUUUGGCAUAUGACAUGGUGACCUUCGGCAAGAAUGAAUCGCUCUCUGUACAGUCUUGUAGUAAAAUACACAUAGUCUAAGGCUAGGUUCAGACUACGUAAUUUCCACCUGCAAUUCCGCUUUGAAAUUACAGGCGGAAAUUCCUCUUGCUAAAAUAUAUAGUAUAGUGAAUGGGGUUCCGUUCACAAAUUCACACCUCGGAAUUUGUGAAGCAGAGUUUGUGAAUGGAAAAUCCGCUUGGAAAUUUCCGCCUGAAGAAUGGCGUUGCUCUUUCUUCAGGGGGAAAUCCGCGCGGAACACAUUGCAGUCUAUUGGAGACUGCAGUGUCUGCGCGGCCCUAGCGCCGACUGAUUCAGUCAGCGCUGGCCGCACUCGGAAUCUCCGGGCGGAAAUUUUCUGCCCGGAGAUUCUGUAGUCUGAACCUAGCCUCAGGGUCUAUUCACUCGGCAGAAUCUCCGCCUGCAGAACUCUGCCUCAAAACAAAGCCCACAGACCUCUACUAUAAUUUUAGUUUUUAAUUUUAAAUACAUUUGAAAGAAAAUCUAAAAUUCUAUUUUCAUAUUACCAUUAUGGGAUACUGAGUGCAGAAUAUUUUUUUUUUUAUUAUUAAUUCAUUUUAGGACCAGGCUGGGACAUAAAAUAUGAAAAAGAUAAAGGGUCUGAAACUUUCCAAAUACAUUCUACGUUGGCUCAAAAGCUGUACUAUAUAAGAUAUGGUGAGAAACCUUGUUGUGACUGUUUUAAUGAAAUUUUGUCCUUUUUUCUAAACAAAAAAAACCCAAAUACGAACAGAAAAACACUACUAAGGAGCAGUUCAGAUAU